GUUUGGAUAAUGGCUGACGAAGAGCUACUGAAAAUUGUUGUUGAACUUCGUAAAUUCAGGAAAAAACUUCGUCAGAUCGAGAAACUAGAGGAAUUAGAACGUGAUUUGACAGAUGAGGAAUUUUUUAAGGUAAAUUAUUGCCGAUAACCGUUCUCAUGGACGAUGUUUCAAAAUGAUAUAGGAGAACAAAAUAUUAAUUAUUUUAAAGCUCUUCUUCUUUUACACGUUUGCUUUUUCCCUUUGUAUAACUUAGGUUUCAGGUUUUUCAAAGAACAUGUGUAUUGAACGAAAUUAUACUCCUGGCUUAAGAUUUAAAUAAAAAUUGAUUCGAUUACAAAUCGAGAUUUGGAUUGGAUUUGCAAAAUAAAAGUGUUAAGCCUAUUUCUGAGCGUAAUUAUGCUUGUAAUAUCUGUAUCAACAAUAAUCGUAAUUUCUGAAUUUCUUUAUGAACCCACUAAUUGCAGUUCCUUUAAUGAUUAGUGCUGAGUUGUUGAUCACAACUCUCUUCUGUGAGGGACCUUCUACUUCUCUGUACGCUUCAACUUACAUACCAAAUAUCCUUUGUUUUAGUCAUGUAGUAUGUAAACAAAUUGUAAACAAACAGCUUGAUUUCCUUAAAUCCAGAGGAAAAUUUCAGUUGAAGGUACAUGCUUUAUAGUCUGAUGAUAAUUAUUUUUUACCAUAUUUAUCUUAAUAUUGUCUUGUUUUAAAAGUUUCUCAGCAUCAUUACAACCCAAUGCUGAUAAUUUUUUUCUUAGAGUUAAGUUGCUGUUUGCAUGUUUUAUAUUCUUCCAUUUGCCAGAGUUUUGCAAGCUGGUCAACAUAUAAAACAUAACAUUCGGUGCAUUUGUGGAAACAGAUUUUCAUAUUUUAGUCCUCAUCAUCCUUAUUAAUUUACAGGUUAUCUCAUAAAAUGGAUACUCUAGCUAAUUAUUAAUAUUAUUAUAUAAACACCAAUGAAAUACCCAGGUGAGCUUUCAUGCGAAAACUUGAUAUUUUCACCUGUGAAAAUAACAUCUUAUCUUCACAUGUGAAAAUAUCACUGUUGUUAUGGCUUCAUAAUAAAUCGUGCCUUUCACACCAAAAAACUGUUAAAGUGAAAUGGUUUGGUACUUCAUUGGUGUUUAUAUAAUAAUAAUUGGAACAUUACAUGGCCACUUGGAGAUACGAAAUUUCUCUUCUCGUGUUGAAAAAAUAUUUCACUCGUUCACUGCGCCCACCCGUGAAAUAUUUUCAAAGAGAAAUUUCGUUUCUCCGCACGGCCAUGUAAUAUCCUCUACUUAUCUAAGGGUUUGAUCAGCUUGGUUCCUAAUUUAAAACACAGUUUAUAUUCGUUUCCCUUAGCAUGAACGAGGUGAAAUCUUUCAAUAAUAUGUGUUUCAAAUGAUGCGCAAUUUAAAUCAGUCUGACAACAUCUGUCAAAACCGUCAUCCUUUUUAAAGAAAAAUUAUUCACGGCAAACCUUACAUAUUAUAUUAAAAAAAAAAUUACAUGAAAUUCAUUGUUUGAAGCUUUAGAAAGAAAGAAAGCUGGUGCAAAAGGUGCAGGUGGUUACAAUAAAAGAUCUUUCCUUUAAAAAUGCUCCAUAAAUCAGAAUUUACAAAAACAUCCAAAUACAAAAACAUGUAUUAAUGCAAAAAGUAGAAAAAAUGCCUUGAUCAUUGAGGUUUCAUUGUUGAUGAUCUUACAACUGAUUUAAACAAUGUUUCUGGCAAUGAAAAGGGAGUAGGUGUGGCCAUUAAAUUAACAGAUUUUGUUGUUAUCCUCCUUUUCAGCUUUCCAAAAAAGAUGAAAUACGCUCCACAGUACAACAGCUGGUAGCCAGAGAAGAGGAGUUAACAUCCAAAUUGCAAAAUAUGGAAAGAAAUCAGGAUGAGCAGGUUUUGGCUGAGCAAGAAGAGCAAACAAGCAGGGAGGAAACACAAGAUCAAGCGCAACCUACUAGUGUUGGUCCACAAGAGGUUGCGAAUGAGAAUGCUCAAAAUGAAACUGAACUUACGAUCAAUGAAACUUAUGAUCAGGCUCCGGUUGUCGAGCCUAGUUCAGCAGCUGCAAUACCUGACAUUGUACCAACGGCAACAACAAGGACAGCUCCCAUUUUAAGUUCUACUCAGACCUACAUGAGAUUUCAAGUCAGGAAUUUGCAUGGCCAUAAUGACUUGAUAUGUGGUGUAGAUUGCCGAGGAUCUGUCCUUGUGUCUGGAAGGUAGUGUUGUCAUUUUUUUAAAUACUUAAGAGUUCUUGUUUUAAGUCUGGUUGCUUGAAAGGUUAUUUUAAACUUAAUCAUGAGAAGAGUUUGACAGGCAUUUUCAUGGCAUAACUCCAAACUGAACAUGAUUAUUCAGUUAAUUAUAUGUAGAAUGCUAAACCAGUUGAUAAAGAGUUUAUGGGAGCAUUACAUAUGUAUGUUACCAAGGUAAUUGAAAAUCAUCCAUCAGAGAGGAACCCAGUGGUUUCACCCAUGGUGAGUUAACCCACUUCUACUAGUUAGCCAUGUAAGAAAUCGAGUUAAUUUUUAUGACUGGUCGACACUCAUUUUAGACUUUCACAAGUCCUUUGAAGUCACAUGGUUUUGUUUUGUCACUUGCUUGGGAUAGCUGAUGAAAAAUUGUAAUGACAGGAUGCAAUUGGUAGAGUGUAAUGCCAAAGUUUGGAAAAUUCUUCCACAUAGGCGGGGAUGAUGGAUCGAUUGCUAAUGUUAACCUGCAUUAAACUUAGGAGAUUAGGGGGUGACUUGUGGGAGGCUAAUUCACGAAUUAAACUCACUGAUAUUCACCAGAGGCAUAGAUCAUUCUUUACGGCUAUCCCAUUGGUGCGAUCAUACCUGUAAAGCAACCAGGGCCCCUUCCCCAGAACGGCUGCCAGACUUUUUGAAUGUCCCUCAUUGCUGAACCACUUUGGGACUGUUACUAAGAUUUCAAGUUGCUGGGUUAAAGUACACCAAGUAAGCAAGGAAAACUCCUUGGGAUUCCUUUUGGUUCCUUUUCUUAUAUUUUCCCGUGAAAGUAGCUCUUUAAGCCCCCCGUACUUUCUCUCAUAUUGAACUAUUGUGCAAGAAAAUUCAGCUUCAUUGAAUGGGAUGUCUCAUGCAUCCCAGUACUCUUGAGGUUGUGAAUCUCCUUUUAGUGCUGUCAUUAAGUGCUAGGGAGCAGUGAUUUUGCCGGGCUACUAGAAAUUAGCCUGUGAACAGGCUCCUUAGUGAAGCAAGCUGAGCGUGGCCUGGGGAAGGAAAAAAUGGUGGAAGAGCUUAUAGGCUUUCUUUUGAUGCUCCUUAUCAGCCCAAUUGCAAUAAAUAUAUCAUCCUGUAAUUCAUACAUGUAUGUCAAUCGCAUGUCAAUAAGGAAACUAGACCUGUCAAAUUAUGAUGUUCUUUACGCUCAAAGUAUCGGCUUGAAUAACUUGCACGUCCGCUCCACUCGGGAGCCUGUUCAUAGGCUACUAAAAAAGAGAGCCGGCUCUAUGGACCUAGUUUAGUACAAACAUGAAAACUCGACACAAUGGAAUGUGAAAGUUUCCAAGCUGCUUAUCUGGGAACUACUGUAGGUUUAUAUUAGUAUAACAUUUUUUCGCAUUAGUCCAAGAAUAAACAUUAGAAAUAUUACUUUUUUCUGCAAGUCCUAAGAUGUUGCAUGCUAAUUUGAAUUAAUUUAGAACCUCUUUUAAAGGGAUACUGUCAUGUAAUAUGGAGAAACCCAAAGACAUCUUUGCAAAUAUAAUAUUACAGGGGCACCCAACGAGGAUAUAGUUCAAAACCACUUAACAUAGCAUUGUUGAACGUAUUUUAGUAUUCAAACGGCAGAUAUAGGCAUAUUUUUAUCCCCUAAAAACGUUUCAUCUGUUCGGAUUUCCUAGCUGAAAAUCUAGUGAUCCGAAAAUUAUAGGGAUAAAAACUUGCCUUCUCGAAAAUUUCAGCCAGGAAAAGGAUCGCGAAAAUUCUAGGUGGCCUUUUUUAGGGUCAAAAUCCGUUAAAAAUGAGUAAUUAUACCAUUUUGUAGAUGUUCGAAAAUCCUAGGAGAGGCAGGCAAGCAAGAAAUUUUACAACAAAUGCUCCGAAAAUUCUAGAUCUCAAAUCGUCUUCCGAACAGAUCUUUUCCCGAAAAUUGCCGUUGGAUGCCCCUGAUAUUACAAAUGUUACAGUUUUGCUAAAAAAACAUUGUACAAAAACAUGUCUAUGGUUGUCUUUGCCCGUUUUAUGUCCUUUCUACUAUGCAAUUUCAAAUAUACUAGUUGCCUUUCAUCGAGAAAAUACAUUUGCUUAUAAUUUUUUAACGAACAUGUGACAAGGAUUCCUGUGACAGUGCCCCUUUAAUCGUGGGAAGUAUAUAAAUGCUAGAUCAGCAACAAAGCCCCGGCGGAACUCCCAUUCGGAACAGAUGGAGUUAACUGUCAGCACAUGUAGGGUAAGAAUUCACAGUUUAAUAUCUUUGAAGGUGUGUGAAAUUUAUAUAAUUAAUCGUUACAGCUAUAUUGCGCCAAUAAUCUCGAACAAAACUCUAAGAAAUUUUUGUUGAGACAUAUUUUCUAUCUCUCUGGAAACGAUUUUUUUUGAGAGAGAGAGGCCUUCAACGUUUACCUCGUCACUUUUGAUGUGGGAGUUCCCCCCUAGUGAUACAUAAAUCACCCUGUCAUUUUGCUCUGCAAGUCCUUAUGCAUAACGUUACCUCGGACUAAAAUAUAAAACUUCUAAUUAAGAUUAAGUCGGGUGAAAAAGUAUCGCGGUUUGUUUUGUGUAUCAUCGUCUUUGUGAAAAUUAAAGGAUGCGCUGGAAUAUUUUUGCUCUUUCCUGUUUAAAGAAACGUAGCAAAUGCACUGAUUUGCAGUUGAGCAAAAUGUCUUUGAGGUGAAAUGACUGUUGUUAAGGAAACGUUGUUUGGAAAAUAACAAUCUGUGGUAAUCGUGCCUCCUUGGCAUUCAACCAGGGGCAAUUAUCUGCUACAAGGUUGCGUGAAACGAGUUAACAUCGCGAAGAGAAUCUUCAAAAGAAAACAUAUGAAUGAACAAAGCCAAGAUCAGGGCCUAGGAGAAAAUGAUUCAAGAACAGAAGCAAAGAAAAAACGAACAGUCCAAAGAACAGGAUCGAGCAUGGUAGUUCACCUCCACAAUCACAUGGAGAGUUUGGCACACGGGAGGUUGCUGUAAUCCCACAAAAUCUGCUUGCAGAUCAGAAUUACAAACGACAUUGUUCAGAUUCAAGCACCAAGGCGAAGAAUCCAAGGUUAGACAAGUCAAUAUGCUCGGGAGAAUAUCUUCAACCGCUUGCAGAGUCAAGGAGACAUAAAGGGUUUGCGAUUAUACCAGAGGUUGAUGAUGUCACAAAAGAUACUUGUGAUCCUCUAGCGUCCAAGGAACCAAGUCAUUUUUGUAUAGAUAUUAAGAAGAAACUAAAAAAUCCAACUCCAUCAUCUCACACGUUUCGAGAAGAUCACCUUAUCCUCCAGAACAAAGAAACUUUACAAAGUGGAGAUGAACAACAGCAGUCAGAUGCGAUUAAAGGAAGUGCCCCCGUUAGAAGAAAUAUUGUUCUUCAAACUCAAGAAAUGUUUUCAGUUUUUUCUGGAGAGGAGAAUCUUGAAAGCUAUGAAUCAGUACCAAGCGAACAUCAACAAGUGGAGAUAAAGGCAAAGAAGAAGACGCCUGGUGUGAACGGAAGUGAUGUUGGAGAAGUUGUUGUUUAUAAAGGGGAAGAAGUGGCGUUUGAAAGCGGCAAUGUUGUAACACAUCAAUCAGUAGAGUUAAAGGCAAACAAGCAGACGCCUGAUGUGAAAGAAAAUGAUGGUGAAGAAAUUGCUGUUGUUCAGAACCAAGCAGUCGCGUCUGAAAGUGGCAAUGUUCUGACACAUCAACCAGGAGAGUUAGAGGCAAACAAGCAGUACCGAUUGUGAACGAAAAUGAUGUUGGGGAAAUUCCUGUUGAUAAGAAACAAGCAGUCACGUCUGAAAGCUUCAAUCUUGUAGUACUGAGUGAACUGCAACAAGCAGAGAUUAAAGAGUCAAGCAAGCAGACGCCUUGUGUGAACGAAAAUGCUGUUGAUCAGAACCAAGCAGUCACGUCUGAAAGCUUCAGUGUUGUAGCAAGUGAACAUCAACAAGUAGAGAUUAAGGAGUCAAGCAAUCAGAUGGCUGUUGUAAACGAAAGUGAUAUUGGAGAAAGUUCUGUUGAUCCGAAAGAGGCAAUCUCGACUGAAAGUAUCAUUGUUCUUACAAGUGCAGGUCAGCAAGUAGAGAUAGAAGCAAGCAACCAGAAGACUGGUAACGGAAGUGAUGAUAGAGAAAUUAUCGUUGAUCAGAGAACGUCAGUCGCGUCUGAAAGCUUCAUUGUUGUAACAAGUGAACGUCAACAAUUAGAGAUGGAAGCAAGCUACCAGUCGUCUGGUUUGAACGAAAGUGGUGGUGGAGGAGGUGGUGUUGAUCAAAGAGAAGCAGUCGCGUCUGCGGAGAGCAAGUGAACUUCAGCAAGUAGAUGUCGGAACUGUUUCUCCAGACAAUAAACUCACGCUCACGAUAAAGAACAGAACUGUUUUAAUAAUUCUAACUCGGUCUCUCGGUAAAGAUCACUUACUCUCGCCAUGUGCUUUUUUGCUGAUACAUCACUUCUUGAAAACGACAUCCUAUAAUAUCCAUAAUCCUAGCUCCCAGGCCCCGACGACCUUAGGGUGCGCUUGACUAGUUUACAAAGUAAAAAAAACGCGAACGAAACAUUCUUAACAUCCGAGUAUCAACCUACGAAUUCUCACAUAGAGAUAGAUGCACACAAGCAGACGGCUUGUGUGAACGAAAAUGAUGUUGGAGAAACUGUUGUUGACCCUAGAGAAGCAGUCUUGACUGAAAGCAUCACUGUUGGAACAAGUGACGGUCAGCAAUUUGAGAUAGAGGGAUGCAACCAGACGACUGGUGUAAACGGAAGUGAUAUGGGAGAAAGUAGCGUUGAUCAAGGGGAAGCCGUCGCGUCUGGAAGCGUCAAUGCUGUUACAAGUAAACAUCAACAAUUGGAGAUAGAGGCAAUCAAUGAAAUUGAUGUUGAAGAAAUUGUUGAUCAGAACCAAGCAGUCGCGUCUAAAAGUUUUAAUGUUGUAUCAAGUCAGCAUCAGCAACUAGAGAUGGAAGUAGACAGUACUGAUCACAGCACUGUUAUCGAUCCAUCGUUUUCAACGAGGAAAUCUGAGAGCAAAGACACGUUUCUUGACAAGCAGAAAUCCGUCGCACAGGGUUGAAACGGUGGUUUAGUGGGAUUCAUAAAUGGUGAAGUAAUUCUUUUGCUGUGAGGAUUUAUUUGUUUUUGCCAAGGUUUUUUUUCUAGAAGCCUUUCACAGUUCACGUGAAAUUCCUAUCAAGGUACACCUUUCCUCAGACAGUCCUUCAAGCCAGCUCAACUAUUUUCAAAGUCGCCUUUUGCUGGACUGAAAUUAUUAAAUGGUCGCCAGACAUAAAAUAUUGGUCGUUAGAUUGUAAUAUUUGCAUGAAAGGUUUGAAAUAAUCUAGAUGGCUGCCUUCUUUCGCAAUCAAAUUAUUUGCGGUUGCACGCGACAUCUGAAGACAGGUGUCUUACCUCGACAGUCAGAGAGAAAAAGGCGAAUUAUGAAUAAAACAGAGCGUAAAUAUUAUUUCAUGCAAACAUUUCUCUCACUUAAACUUCAGAAAGGUCAUAGAUACGGCUUGGCAAAUGCCCGAAUUGGCGACUUUCAGCAUUUGAAGUUGCCAAAAGUUUUUUUCUUCUCGCCACAGCGACCAAUGUAGUCGGACCUUGGAGUGCUGUCAGGGAGUUUGAAGCUGACGUAACAAACAUUAGGCUUCAUAAAACUGCUCACACACUCAAAUAAGAACUCAGGGCCCGGUUCCUUGAAAGAUGGUUAAGUUUAACCCAGUAUUAAGCCAAUUUUCAAGCACGGUUUUCUCGUGGAGCUUCUACUACGAGAUACAGUAAUGAUAACACAAAAUGGUACCUUAAGCAAUGCAUAGGAAUGUAAAAUACAAAGACGGAACAAAAUUAAACUAUGGGACUGUUUUCGGCCCAGCGCGAGCCUGCAGUGCAAUUCGGCACCGCUUGCCCGGUCUCACGCUAGAAUUACGCAAUUGCUUUUAAAGAAAAGAAUUGUUUUGGGCGGGGGGGUGGGGGGAUUAAAGACGAAUUUAAGAUGCUAUUUCAUUGCUAGUUUACUCGACAGCUAUCAUCGGAUAAUUUUAACAUCUUGGCACUUCUUUUAAAAUAGAGCCAUUUACCUCCCUGACAUUCGUAUUUAAAUUUCAGUGAGGAAUUAACGAUUUGCGCGUAAGGUCAAGGUAGCUCUAAAACGCCUAGCAUCAAGCCUAGCUUAAAACACCAAGGUAUGAAGAGCAAGAUUGCGGGUGGAAACUUCGUAAGGAACAAGAGGCUUUCAAUUAUGAAACUGGUGGUGAUUGGCUACGGUUUCUAUCUUAUUCAAAAAUACUGUGUGAGCUUGUCUAGAUGAAUUAAUGUUAUUUACAACUGCAUGAAAGUUCUGUUAGCCUUUAGUUUUUACGUGAUUUCUUUGUUGUAGUUCUAUAAAUUUUCCUUCUGAUUUAUAAAUUGGUUUAAAAUUUCGGGUUUGGUCGCGGUAAGUUGAAUUAUCAAUUAUAAAUAAUCGUCCUUUCAAGUCAAAUCUAAAAGGAUAACUCAGAAAGUUUGCAGUGACGUUAAAUUAGUAAAAUAAAGCGCCUCUUUCGGGUUUUUUCUUUGAAUGGUUUGUAAUGAUGGGUCAGUACAUCAUAGCGAGUUGAAUCAUGAGUUGUUAGAAUCUACCAAGGUCUAUUAGCUUAUCUCCUUGCCCUACACGGGGUCCUGUUGAGGGAUCUGCGAUUAAUAUUACCGGCAAAAGGGUUAGCUGGUUGAUAAGGCAUGCAGGUUUUAUUUUCUUAAUAUUUAAUGACCAUAUUGGUUACAUCUAAUUUGCAAGAACCUCUACCGUAAGGCCAUUAUUUACAGUUUGAUAAGCAGUGUUAUAUCAUGCACUGAAGUUGUUUCACAGACGCGGUCGUAUAUGGAAAUGUAGACGUCGAAGUUGGUGGUUAUCACUUCUUCAUUCGGUGGUGGAAAAUAUUUUCCAUGUUAUUUAUUUAAUACCAUGAAGGACAAAAGCAGGUAUUUUGACUUAAAUACAUAUCGUUUACCUGUUAUUUACUCGGUGUGCAGUCGUAUUGCUGCAUAUAGACCUCGCAUUAUUUUCUUUUCAGGCUAAUAGGGGAUUUGUGUUUACCAGAAAAUGUUUGCCUUGUAAUGUUAACUAGAGUCUAAUCGUGUUAUUUUUUAAUUCCUUGUGUCGUAUGGCAUUCUAAGAUGUCGCUGUUUUUUUUAUAUAUUUUUUUCGCAGUUUUGGGGAAUCAUGAACGGGUUUUUAUCUCAACUUGCUUUGUCACUUAUGUCUUAAAUGUCAUACAAUUAAAGCUUUUUCUAAGAUUAUUCAUUAGCACUAUUAUAACUUCCUCCCCUUUCAAAUUCUUUGCUUAGUAAUGGAGAUUUUAUUGUCAUAUUUUACACUUUGCUUGUUUGUUCUUUAUUUACGGUUAAGAGGAAUUCAUCUAGUUUUCAAUGUAAACAUCAAAAAAUAUAUCAAGGAGUUUUUUGCAUUAAUUACCAUUUUGCGUUUAUUUCUGAGCUGUUACUAAGCAGUUUUUAAAAUCUAGCCAAACAAACUCACCGGUCAAGAGAGAUUUGUCUGCCCUUCCCACAAUACCCUGCGCAUCUUGCUUCACUGGUAUCCAGGACCCUCUCGCUUUAAAAUAAUUAUUGUCGACUGGAAUCCAGGCAGUUGGUCGAGAUUUAUGAGAUAAAAAUUUAUUUAACUUUGGACCACAACGAUAGACUGCAGCUUGAGGCGCUGGGAAAAUAGGCUAUAAUAGGUUUGUUGGGUUUUAUUCCUCUGAGCCUCAUAGUGACCUGUUCUUUCAAGCUUUAUACUACUACAUGAGAAAUUUCUGCAAUUUGAUUGGUUUAGAGCAGUGGUAUUUCAGCUUAAUUUGAAAUACCCACAUGUGAAAAUUACAACGUUUUGCGGGUAGUAGUAUAAACAAAUAAUAGCAUGAUUAGUACUGAUAUUUGGCAUAAAUACCACUUGUGAUAUUUCAAAAUUGUCUCAAAUUUCACUCGCCUAACGGCUCGUGAAAUUUCGUAUAACAAUUUUGAAAUAUCACUCGUGGUAUUUAUGCCAAAUAUCACCACUAAUCAUGCUAUUACCUAUACGAAUAUAAAUAAAAUUGUUUGUAUCCUACGAAAACAGCCGUUUCCCCUCGUUCCUCGCCGCUGGAGACGUUUCGCGAGGAAGAACGUCUGCGACUCAGCGAUUGACCUGCACCCGAUCCAGCGACAAAAAUUCCAUACUGUUUUCGCAGGCUAGACUGUUUGCGUAUUUGUAGAUUUCUGUAGAGGCUGAUUCAGUUAUUGUUGGAUGACUGCGGCGGCAGAGGUUUGUUUUUACGCAUAUCAUGUAAUAACAGUUCUUCACUUCUGAAUUCUUUGACAGCCGGGACACCAUGCUCAAAUUAUGGGAUGCCGACACUGGACGAGAGAUGAGGAGCAUGGGGGGACAUACGGGAACUAUAACAUCCGUGUUUCUGGUACCAAAUAUGGAAAAGUCUGCCGGUGGUGAGUAUUACUCAAUUUUUUAGCCAAUUCAUUCGGACGUCUUCAAGUUUUGAACCGACAAAGCAAUUUGUGUGAUGUGAAACAUUCCGAAGAGACUUCUUCAGGGUUUCUUUGAAAGACUUAUACCGAUUUAGAACUUUUUCCCUUCUUGGAGUUUUGAGUUGUUGUUGCUUUAAAGACGAGUAGGGAAUUUAAGAUUUAAAGACGCGACGGCUACGAGAACGUCGCUUUAAAACUGAAUUUGCCUUCUUUUAGUCUUUGUAGGGAUUAUGCCUACCCACUUACUUUGUCAAAUGUACGUGAACCCUCCUGAAGUUGAAUUCCAAGCGGCCAUCUCCAAGUUCAGAUAGAGAAAUAAAAUUUCGUCGUUGCUUGUUUAAAUUCUCCAUAAUACGCGAAACUAGGCAUUUUCACGUCGCAGUACUGCAAAAACGGCAAAGAAAUGUACGAAACAAAAAGGUGUGAUGCACCUGCAAAGUUGUUGUUUUGCUUAUUAAACCUAUUGUUUGUUAUAGUCCAUAUUGAAUCCGUUUGAACACCUUUAUCCGACGUUUAGUUUAUCAUUGGACCAUUUUGCAUUACGUUGAAAACUGCUGUUUGUUCUUUCUCUUAGCUGUGCCCUCCAGUUUUCGAACAGACCAGUAUUCUGUGCUUACGGGAUCAAAAGACUGCUCCAUGAAAAUCUGGUCUCUUGCAAAUGGUAAGAGCAAAAUCUAGCUCUACAUAAGGGAAUCCGGUUCCGGGAUCCGAGAAAUUUUCGCUUGUGGAAUCCAGAAUCUUGGGCUUUGGAAUCCAGAAUGCAGCUAAAGGAAUCCGGAAAUUAUAGACCCUGGAAACCGGAAUCGGGAAUCGGGAAUCAACAACGUGGAAUCUAGGAUCCAAGACUUACAUGGGGCGAAAAAUCGGUUCAGUAAUAUCCCCACCUCCUAGGUUCCAUAGAUUUAUAAAGCUGUGGGAAUAUUGUCCCCUAUCCCUCCCCAGAAAAAAGGAAAAAGAAAAAAACAAACAAAGAUACAAACAAAAAAACAAACAAAACAAAACAGAAAACAAAAACAGAAAAUACACACACUUUGCCUCUAAGAAACCUUCCAAAACAUUGUGACGUAUGUCGCAUAAUUUUUUUACCAUGUUGUCACUCUCUUAUUGGCACGUGGCUGUCAAAAACGUGACAACGAGGUGUUGCAACGUGACUUUGUUUUUCCUUGAUAGUACCGUCACGCUUGGUUGCAACUGAGUCACGUUAUCUCGUGCUUGUGUUGACAUGGUGGAAUAUCGUGUGACAUAUUUGCAUCUUGUUUUACCAGUAUUUGUUUGUAUACAAAAAAGCUCUCCAUUUUUAAAACCACGAGUUUCUUCGGAGUAAGUACCCUUAAACGAUUAAGCUAUAACCGAACGUCAGAAACAUUUCAAAGCAUCUCUGUCCUUUAUAAAAAGGACAUGCGAUCCAACUGAUGUUUUAACUUUAAAAUGAUGCUUUUUCGUAAGUUUGUCUCUUAUUUCCAUUCAUUGAUAAUUAUUCUCCGUUCUUACGUAAUGAAACUCAAUCGUUUUUCUGUCUCUUUUUCGUCCUUUUCCAGGUCAAAUCAAGAGGUCUAUGUACGCAUUCUCGCCCGUAGAGUGCUUGGAUUGUAACAGUGACAAUCUUAUUGCGGCUGGUCUAGGUUGGUCAAAGUUCUUUGUUUUGCAUGUGACGCAGUCGUGUUGCCCGUGUAGUUUAUACUCGAACUUUGUACCGCUAGUUUUCGUAAAUUUUCGUUUGAAAUCGAUUUGAAAGUCAAUUUAUACGUCACAAGAGAGUGACUUUUACGUAAACUGAGUCUGUAAGUUCGUUUUCCUCUCUGUUUUAUCAUAACGUCAUAGAAUGAAUGUUGCGAAGCAAAUGUGUUCUAAUAAUAUCAGACCUUUAAUGCCAAUGCGUAAAAAGCGCAACUUCUCUUUGAUACUCUCAUCACUAACUCCUCGUAAACUGAGACAUGUUUUAGUUUGUCUCCUAGUCCGGAGAAAUUACAUGAAGUAAAGGUGCGUGUUUUAUACUUCAAACAUUCUAGAACUUUCUCGUUCCUCUCAAAGGUGGAUUCACGACAAGAGCUACACCGGGGGUACUUAAGGGGAGUUUGGCAAGAGGUGUGGCGCCGAGAUCUUCUUAAAAACUCUGACCCCGUUUUAGGCAAAAUCCCCGAUUUUCCAUUGUUUUAAACAAGGUGAUAACGUGAACAGCGAGGAAGGAUCUUUUUAUGUAACUCAGAUUAAGAGCGAGAGAAAAAUACAUUACCCCAUUGAAGAUUAGGAAAAAUAUCAUUUGUUUAUUUAAGUGGCAAAUAGCAUACUAUAAUUUUUGGAGUCGAUGAACUCUUUUCCUUUAUAAACGCUAGGCUUUCGGUCCAGAAACACAACCCGUUCAAGACGUUGAAUAUAGAAUGUUAAACCCUGUUUUCAAGACUCGAUUCCCCGACUUCCGAAAGUCAUACACCGUGGGCGGCAUACAUACCGGAAGAUAACAGGAUAUUUUGACCCAAAUUCUAUGACGUCCAAAAGCAAAAAAUUAUAUUUCAUAAUAUAUGUAAUCACCGGGCAAGUGUGGCUUGGCGUUUUGUGCCAUAAAGAGAAUAAAAUACUGAAUUUUUCUUUGCAUGAAACUAGAUUGUUUGCAAAUCCGGGAUGAGUUGUAAAACGAGAACAAGCAGUUCAUUGUACAUGAUUAAAUCCCAUCAUUCUGUGCUUAACAUGUUGGCUUGUCCCACGCAAAAUCACGCAAACUAUACGAAUAUCCGUUCACCUCGCAAAUUAUGUGCAGUCAUCACGCAAUCACUUUGAAUUCCACCCCUACGGUGUGAUACAAAAAGGAACUCCAGUUUACUGAGGCGUUUAUUAGAUUCUUCUGUGUGUAUCUUUAUCACUGUAAUUACUAUUUUCUUCAGAUGGCGGAAAGGUGGAACUCUGGGACAUGGAAAGCGGAACAGCUGUGCGAUCCGUUCGGGGACAUGAUGAAGAUGCCGUCACGGCUGUAAAGGUAACCAUGGUAACUCUGUUUCAGGUCUUGUCCACUGGCCGUUUCAGAGUUUCUUAUUUCUAGUACGUAUCGCUUAGUUCCAGGACAACCGAAUGAUCAGCGGUUCAGCCACCGGGGUGGUAAAGGUCUGGGACAUCCGGGACAAUUCUCUCAAGCCGGUGAUGAGUUCCGACCAGGCCCCUACUGACAACACGGCUGGAAAUGUGACGGUUAAACCGAGACGCGUGCGUUGCCUGGCAACAACACAGGAAACAGUUUACUGGGGAGACGAUGGAGUGAACAUAAAAGCCAUGGAAUUGACGUCAGGUGGGCUAUAGCUAACCUUAUGUGGUGCGCACAAAGUUUUGCUCCAAGGAAAAUUAAAGGUAGCCUGAAAAGCCUAAACCUAUGAAUUUAGGUUGUCCUAUAUAAAGGUUAACUCCAGGGGCCACUAGACCGAUAGGUAAAUAGAUAAAUAUAUAAAAAAUGAAGGAAUGAAUAAAUAGAGAAAUACCGAAUAAACAGACGAGAACCAACAACCGACCAAGGAUGAUUCUUAGUUCACGCCUAGCAAAAGCUUUAUCCCUAGGGUGGACGAGGCACUACUGUAGCACAGCCCAGCUUUGGUUAAAUUGCUUGUAGACUAAUUGACCACCUUCUUUCCUUUUGCUGUUUAGGAAAAAUCCGUAAGAUUCGAAAUCACGUGACAGACUUCGGAUCUACUGGUGCCAUGGCAACCUCCGGUUCAUGUCUCGUGAGCGCGGGCUACGAUCUUGAUCGCGGUAAUGGAUACUUGAACGGUAAGAGCUCCAGUUGAAAAAAUUAACUUCAUUUGAAUGGUUACACAUUUGGCAUUAAUCACAGGACGUUAUCUGAAAGCCAAGUUCAGAAGGACAAUGUUGAUUUCCGUUUACGUACCGAGCGUUUGUUAAGUUAAGACAAAUACUUCCUUACUUGACUUACUUGUUUGUGUUGGUUUAGUCCGCAGCAUUCCUUCUGAGGAAUACGUAGCAACCGUAGAUGACGAAUGCACGGGAAGUAUCACGUGUCUGUCAUGCACACAGACAACACGUGACCAGGUGACGGUGCAGAGAAUGUGUACAGGAGGGCUGGAGCUGAAACUCUGGGAUCAGCUACCAAGUUCAAAAGUCAAGAAGCGUUCAAGGUGAGUUUAACCUGUUAAGUUUUUUUUCGCUAGGUAAGUGAAGUCGAGCAAAUUUGCCCUCACUUUUCUGGGGCUGCCUGUGGCGAACAUGGUUCGAAAAAAAGGUAUUAUCAUAUAGCGAUAGUUAGAGGGUGAUUACAUGGCUUGAAAUGAACGUGGCGAUUACAUGGAGAAGGUUUCAGCCUGGGCAAACGGGCUGAAAAAUCCACAAACAUUCCAUGUAAUCGAAAUAGAAUGUCAGCCCGGGCUGAAAAGGCAACGAGCGCUUACGCAGUGUGGUUGUUUCUAGUUCAGCCCGGGUUGAAAUUUGUCAUGUAAUCGCAGCAAUUUUUCAGCGCGCCCCACCGGCUGAAAUUCGCAAUGUAAUCACCCCCUUAAUGUUUUCAAUUGAUUAUGAUACUGUCUUUGCUAUUGAGUUGGGGAACGGUUAGGUUAAUGUUAUCUAUGUACAGGUGCUUCAGGAGGAAGUUGAAAUACGUAAAAGACCGGUCAAAAUCCUCCAUAGAUUAGUUUUUGUUAGGAUUUCUGAAACCAUGCUCGUGGAAUGCUUCUCCGUAUCCAGGCCUUGUACAACACGAAUCAACCAAUCACUUGUCGACAAAUGUGCUCUCAUCUCCUCCGGUUUUUCUUGCAGAACAGAAACGGAUGAUGUCUACGUCACGACCAAACACCUUCGUCGUUACAGUCUGCCUGAUAUAAGCGACACGGAAAGUAGCGAAGACGACGAAGACCAACCGGAGGGCGAAGACUCAGAUGACGACGAUGACGUCAGCAGUACCGGAAAUGCGUCACGAUCUUGGUGCACGAUAUCAUGACAAGCGAUCAAGGAAAAUACAAUUAGCCUAAUGAAAGUUGCCCUGAAAGGGGACACAUGCGAAAAAAUCGUGUCCUUCGAUAGGCCCUAUCCCAUCCUCUGGGAAAAGUGGCGUUGUAUUGGGAUGAAAUGAUUGGGUGUUUCUGGCUUUAUACGGAAUCAUGAAAGUUCAAACUGUUAAUCCAGAUCAUGUAUAGGAGACAGAAACUUCUCUUCCACCCCUUACAAGCUGAAAGCUGCUGAAAAUCCAGUUCAGUGGAUCUCACCUUACUAAAGAACUGCUUCUUUUAUAGAAAUGUUGUUAUAAAUGGUCACUUUGUUCCUCCAUGUGCUUGACGUUGAAAUCUUAAGACUCAAAAUAAGACGAAGUUGCAGAUAGAACGUGAAUAGAACGAAUCAAAAGUGACCUGGAAACCUCUUUACCAUGAGUGAAUUAAAUGCAGUACUUAAUACCAACUUAUGAAAAUCACACCUUUAAUACCGGAUUCCUACACGAGCGUACGAGUGCCGUAGAUAAUAUUUAUACCAAGGCGAUGUAGCUAUGAAGACAAUUUUUUGUCUUCGGACUUUAAGAUGGAAUUUCUCCUGGAUUGAUGGCAGUCCUGCUGCAAUUGUAGUACAAGAAAGAUUAUCAGAACAUCUCUUGCAAAAUCAAAUUUGUUGAACCAAUGAAUACUGAAGGUAUUUUGAUCACAUUCGUGGGUGUUUUUUUAAUCUCUUAACGGGCCAGAUUCUGAAAAACCAAACCAAACCAAAAUAAAUAAAUAAGUAAACAACAACAAAAAGUAGCGGUGGGGUAAGCCAGUAAAACGCAAGAAUUUGUCAUGAGAGAGAUAACCAAACAAACAUCAGAUAUGUCCAGGUGACUAUUUCCCUCACCAUUUAUAACGUUUGCCUUUUUCAACGAGAAAGGAAUUGUUUUGCACAUUCGCUCAAGACUUGGGAGUAAAAAUAAUUAGUUUUCCUGUCGGAAACAUGACAAUCGCGAGGACUUUUCUACCAUUUGUAAUAAUAAUA